GCCAGCGCCACGCGCAGGCGCCUCGUGGGAGCCAAUGGGCGCGGUCGGAACGUACGCCCCGCUCGGCCCUCUUCCGAGCGGAUUCGGGGGCGGGGUUGGGCGGCGGCGAGAACGCGCCAACCCUUCUCCGGGAGGUGCAUUUGUUGAAAUCUUUACUGCUCAGGGAAAAAAUCCUGGAGCAAAAUGGAAGAUCCUUGGCAGUCCCUCUGUGAUUUGGAAAGAAUUUGAUAAAGAAGUUAAAAGUUUUGUGUUUGUCCUGGAAGGCAGCAGCCAAACAAAUAAAAUUCAGUUACCAAAGGAGAAUAAGCAAAUCCUUGGACUGAUCCAGAGGUUUCUUGUACUUCAGAUUUACAUACCCCUGGGACAAGACUUCGCUACUGAAUUGCUAAUUACUGAUUUAAGGAACAUAAAAAGAAGAUUGUAUUUAUCAACAGUCCAUAAGGAACUGUCCUCAACCCCUCUUCAUGCAAAAAUCCCACUCUUCAUGAUCAAACGCAAAAUCUGGUGCAAUCUAUGCAUUGACCUGGUGGCAUUUACCAGUGAAAUAUUCAAAGGAGCAGUUUUCCAGUCACUGGAUGGAAUUAUUGUCUCAGCUAACUGUAAGCUACGGAAGAUCUUCACUUUAAAAUGCAGGCCUCAAGACACUGCUGAUAAAGAUGAUGAACCUACAGACAUCAUUCCACGAAGCUGCCAACUAACGACAGAUGUUCCACAAGUCACACAGCUGCUAAACAUGACUAAACUCCGCCAGACUGAAAUAAAAUUUGGAGGUCAUCCUCUAAGUUCAGCAGAAUCAGAUCAGUUCAUUAACAGAGGAACAGGUAGCAUGCGGAGCGGUAAAAAUCAAGAUGUUUGUCAUAUUGCCUUUGGAUCCAAAGUUCUUGGACCACCUCCACUCUCUGGCAGAAGAAAUAACAUGAGGAUAUUCAGUGAGACAGUAAGAUCUGUUGGGUCCAAAAAUAACCAAUCGUGCCAGCAGUCUACAGUAGAGAAGUGUGUUAACAGGGCAGAAAUGUCAACCUUGCUGUUAUCUGAGUCUGAGGCACAAGGAGAUAAAGAAAAUAUUGGCCACAUAAAGCAGACUGUACCUAUUCAUGCCAAUCUACAUAUUAUGCAUCCACAUCCCCCUCAAGAACCAUCAGCUGAUAAGAAUAAUAACAGGAGAAGAUUACAGUUAAAAAGAACCAGCAGAGAAAGGACAGAGACACCCAGCGGCAAUUCUUCAGGAAAUAACAGAAAUGAACAUAAAGCAACAACUGUCCUCACCAGUGUGUUCCAACAGAGAACAGAGACAUUGAACCCCAGCUCUCCAGCACCCCAGUCUCCUGAUCAAGCAGAUGAGUGGAUAUUUCCUGAAAAUGAUGACCACAUCCCCCAUUUGGCCUCCAGCACGCAGUCUCUACUUCUGGAUGAAAACUCCUGCAACACCUCACACCUGUGGCUAGAAGCCAGCAAGAAAAAUGAACGUGACCAACAGACAGAGGAAACCCAGAUUGUUCCAAAGGAUAUUUUCACUUUUUCAUCAAGACCACGAUCAGCACCUCAUGGAAAGACUCAGAAUAUGUCCCCAGAGGGGUGCCCAUUUAUUUUGGAUCUAAAAGAGGAUACCAGUGUAAUAAGGAGAGACACCCAAUUGGAGGAUGAUUUUUACGGUGGUGAUAGCACCGAAGAGGGUAACCACAGUGUCCAGGGUUCAACCGGCCCAACAACUAGUCCUCCAAGGUUAACUCAGUUAACAUUAGAGAGCGUGCUGGGGAAGACUGCCAGGUGGACAAGUAAAGGAUAUCUAAAAAAUGCCUACACAGAAGCAGGAGCAUCAGAAAACCAGAAUUCCUUGGCUAAGCAGAUAGAUAAAAAAGACUUUGAAACGAGUUUGGUGCCUACACCAUGCCUUUCUCCCCCUGGAAGAAGGAGUGGAUCCUCUCCAAAAAUUCCACGUCCUGUUAUCAAAGCAAAGGACCUACCAGCCCAUCAAGUGUCAUCUUCAAUAUACAACAUCUCCCUACAGGAAAUUUCAGGGGAGGAGUUGAAACCGAUUCCUGAAGUAUCUGAAUAUGACUGGAGAAACUAUCAACCCAGCCAGAUGAGUGAAUCUGAGUUGCAAAUGCUAGCAAGCCUACGGCGGCAACAGAACGAAGAGCUGGAGGAUACUGGGGCUCCCCAUGGCCUGAGCGCAUCCCAGCUUGACAACUGUAAUGUCAGCAUAAGUACCAGCAGCGAUGACACAACCACCUGGAACUCCUGCCUGCCACCCCCUGUCAACCAGGGUCGUCACUAUCAGAAAGAAAUGAAUCCACCUUCUCCUUCUAACCCCCGCAGCAGAGCUGAAUAGUUGCAGCAGAGACCUGUGGCUUGUACAGCCUAACAUGUUUACUGUCUGGGCCUUUACAAAGAACCAUGGGUUUUACACUACAAAAACACCUCCGUGAUAUUCCAAGAUGCAGAAGUUCUUAAUUCAGUUUCCAGAAGUGCACGAAUGGGCUUCAGAUGAUCUCCGACCUCCUAAAAUUGAAAGAAAAUUUGGUAUUCUUGGUCAUUUUUCUGGGAAAACAGUUUUCACCAGGUUUUAAAAAGAAUCUAUGAAUUCUCCCCGAAGUGAGCUAUUUCCUAGUCCUCUCCCCAGUCUGUUCCCUGGCCCUAGAAGAUGUUUAAAACCCAGACUGCUUUCAGUGAAUAAGAAAUUUACACUGGUACCAAAUGAUAAAUAUCAAUAAGUAUCGUAUAGAAAUUGCUGCAAGUUUCUAAAUUCUAAUAGAAGAUCUCCUGUGUAAGUAUUUCACACUGGGCUAGCUCCUCUAACCCAGCCCUUAUGAUAGCAGGUAGCUCAGUGCUGUAAAUGAGAGCUAUGUAAUAACUGUUGUCAUGUUUUAGAUUUCUCAAAUAAUUACUCACCCAAAUAAAUAUUUAAAUGUAUACAAGAUUGUAGGCAGUUUCCUUACAAGGGAAUUCCUUUAGGGAACACACAAAUAAGCUGAUCAGCCCACAGCAGCCUAUGUCGUUUUCUGUUUGCUAGAAUGCUUCUUCCAUCUGACGAUGAGCUCUCUGAUUCCCUAGGGUCUGACACACAGCAGUUCAGUAAAUGAUUACUGUAUAUGUAGACAGAUGAUCAAGCUAACUGUUGCUCUCAUAUCAUGCAUGUAUUUGUAUAUAUGUGUGUAUGUGUGUAUACAUAUAUGAUGUAUUUAUAGGAAGCACGUUAAUGAAAUAAAUGUGUGUAAAAUUCUCUUGUAAGCAAAAUCUUGUUUUUAAAUGAAGGAAAUGAAACCAUAGUCUAUCUUAAGUGAGAACAUUAUCUUCAGUUGUAAAAAUAUCUGAGUCAGCUCUGAUUCAGUUAAAGCUCACUGCCUCCCUUCAAAACUCUAACAUGCAAGUUGAAUGGAAAGAGCAUGGUAUUUGCAGGGGGCAGGAUUUUAAUGUUAGAUGAAUUUGUCCACUGUGAGGAUUCACAAGAUGGUAUUUAUCUUUCAUCUACAUUAUAUUUUUUAUGUGGUAUUUGAAGUGAACCCAUUGUCUUGACUCUUAAAUAAAACACACCUUCUGCUGACAGAGCUCAGCAUGUAUAGGUGUGCCUGCAAGUCCUUUCUCUUCCGUUCCAAGAGGAGAGGCAGGGGUGGGAGGCCUGCCUGGGUCCACGAGAGAAAGGAGGAGGAAGCAGCCCCUGAGCAUGCUCGGAGAGCAAGCCUGACUGAACAGGAUGCUUCUCCACCAGAGGAGCUGGAGGCUUUCAUUACAGGUAGAGAGAAAAGCAUUAUAGUCAGAGCUGAGGAAACCAAACAAAAUAGAGUAACAAGUGCAAACGACAGGGCAAAUAUGCAAAUGGGAGAAUGAAGAGCAAGAGCAGGUUCCAGAGCACAGGCAGCCGGGGUGAGAAGCAGGCCAAGGAAGUGGCUCACAGCUGAGCUAGGGCUUGACAAGUGUGAAUGAGCCUGAUCCCCCGUCCC